ACCACUCAAUCAUGCAUUUGAACAUUGCCACCGUUGUGCUCGCUUUGGGCGUAGCAACUCAUGCGUUGAACGCUCAGCAGACGAUAAGAAGCAUAGGUGUCGCAACUAAUAUUACCAAUGCGGCUAGAGAGCGCAUUUCCAGCGGUAAAGAAGAUGUGAACAAAAUCCUUCCAGGACUAAUGGAGCGAGUGUUGCAAUCUGUGGACGCGGUAGUAAAAGAAAGCGUCACGAAUCAUCCGAAUGACAAACCCGUCGCAAAACAAGACCAAGAGAUAAUAGCCACAGCAUUUACAAAGUUUAUGGAUGCGCAAAAUCUCUUAUUUGGUCAGAUCGAUUCCAUGAUUCCAAAGCCCAAUGGAAAAGGCCAGCUCAAUAGGCCUCGUGAUUUUGCACAGAUAAUGAAACCGAUACUUUUGCUUUGCAAACCAGCGUGUUGUGCUAUCAAGAAAGACGCAAGUUAUGCCAGGAAGCGUCUAGUAGGCGCCGUGCCAGUUGGUUCGUUGAAGAAGGAUGAAGAUGACAUUGAACAGGACAUUGACGACUUUCUAUACUGGGCUUUAAGCGAUUAAUUAGAUAUUAUAAGCUG